GAUGCACAGAUUCCCCCUGCUGACCUCUCCAUGGGCCAAUGGGCACUUGCAACAAGCCUGGGAGAAAGCCUACAGGCAUCACAGGAGAAAGGUGCAGAAUGCCCAGCCAGUGGUGGACACCCAUGCACCUCCAACGUUCAGCCACCUCCACCUGAAGCUCAAGAGGCUAAAGCUGGAGGAGGAGAAGCUCUCCACCAUCGACCGGGACAAUCACCUGCUUCUGGAGAGGGUGGCCUCUGUGAUGAGGACCAAGGAACACACUGAUAGCAGAAACAACUCCAUACAGAGAAGGUAA